AUGAAAAUCAUUGCAGCAGAAACGGAAAGCGGACCCGGUGAUGAACAUUUGAAGCUCAAAGAUUCACCGUCAUCAGCAGAUGAGAAGUCUCAAUGGUAUACGAAUGAUGUGCGCGGGAUCGAGCUUGUCGACUCAAGAUGUUAUAGAACACCUAAUGGCUUCCAGAAAGAAGCUACCUUUCCUUAUGAAUCUCUAUUCGAUCCUGCACAAUCAAACAGGGGAGGCAGUGAAGCUCUAUCCGAGGAUCGGGUGCAGAAUUCUCAGCAAUCUACGUUUGCGAGAAGACGGGGACCUCUAGAACGAUUUACUUUGAUGAUUGGCGAGAAUAUACUACAUUUCAAGAUUGUCAAGGGACCCGAAAACAACGACAGUAAAUUCCAGUCUUUGCUAAAUUUUCAUGGUUUCAAAGUGACUACAUUUCGAGGCAUCUUAUUGAUGAUAUAG